UCUGUGCAGAUGGAGGGUGUUCUGGAUGCUGCGCUCCGUGUGUGUGUGUGUAAACUGAUGAGCAGUGUGCUGUUGUGUCCGUCUGUAGUCACACACACCAUCACUGCGGUCAGUCUUUGCUGCUGCUGCCUGCUGUUAUUCACGGACCUGGCCGUCACCCUGUUUCUGCUCUACGUCUGGCUCAUGGAGUUCUGGUUGACGCCUUUUAGCGUUUCUUCGGAUGUCGUCGCCCUUCGAUUCCUGCUGUUUCUCUGCCAGGCCUAUGGAGUCGUGCUGUUGCUGACGCCGCUUCUGAUCGCGGUGGAGUUGCUGGUAAAUCUGCUGCGGCGUCCUCAGGACGGGACAACCACGGGACACUUGGAGCAAAAUGCAAGUGAAUCUAAACGUGUUUCGAGGACGAUUGGCUGUUUCGGAUGUCUUCUCGCAUGGAUUGUGAGUGGAAUCUACAGCAGUCAUGACUGGACGCUGGAACGGUUCUCUGUGGAAGCCUGUUUGAAAAGAGGCGGACGCCUUGUUACAUGCAUUCCCGACAUGGAUGAGGUAUCCUGGGUUCUUCCUGCAAUGGUGGUCCUGUUGAGUUUGACGGGGAGUUUGGGUCGGCUCAAGUCCCGAAGUCCGUCUGUCUCGUAUAGAAACACACAGAUGGGCGAGAAAAAGGACUAUGGUGUCCUCGGGCAAAUGCAUAUGUCACUUAGUCUGGUUGACUCAACAACCCCCAACAGCUGUGGCGUUCACAGGGAUGGGUGUGUUUACAGUGAGCAACGAUGGUCCUGUCCUGGGAACGAUGUCCUGUGUGCUCACCAAACCGGUUUGGCAGACAAUUACAGCCAGAAACAAAACCUAUCAACGUUUGCACAGUCUAAAACCGAUCUUCGGCCAGAGGUCACAUCACUGGCUGUUUUUAACAGGUCUCAAGGGGAACGCUGUUGUUUUCCCGAAAGGGAAAGUCCCCGCUUGAGGCAAGAAACGCUCACAGGGUUGGUAUGCAUGGCUCUGGUUUGCGUUUUUCCCACAGUCGUCAGUGGGAAUAUUCUCCUAAUCUUUAACUUGGAGAACUUGGUGGUGAACACCUUCAAACUUUUAUCUCAUUCGGUCAACAGACUCCCGUAAGUUCUGUAAAUGAGGUUUGUGAAGCUGAAAACUGCAAAAGGAGAUGGCCGACCUGUCAAUGUCCAUGCAAAUGCAUUUGAUGGAUCGCCCAUGCACGCGCACCGCAGCAUUAGUCUGACAGACAAAUGCAAAUUAAGGUUGCAGAAACAGAUGUGUUAGGAAUUCAUGAGUUUAUGAGGAGCAUUUUCUUUGCAAAAUAAAGAAACGGUUCAUUUUGA